AUGUACAUCACUCUCUACUUCAUAGUCACCCGCCUCCUUGACUCUCUUAGCGUAGUCAGGGACCUCCUUCUCGCCCUUGACCCCACCACCCUCACUGUCGACCUGCUUGAGAAGCACCUCCUUCCAGCUGAGACUAGCGCGCCGCAGCGGCAGGGGCAGGGGAGGAAGGGGCGGUGGGGGCGGCAAAGGUGGAGGCGGUGGUGGGGGCGGUGGAGGCGGUGGAAGGGUGGUGGUGUAGGUGGCGGCGGUGGUGGCGGCAGUGGCGGUAGUGGCGGCGGCAGUGGUGGCGGCAGUGGCAGUGGAGGCGGUGGCAGUGGUGGCGGCCGAGGUGGUACCAGUCAGAGGGGAGGCCUUGGCGGUGAUCAGAGGCAGCAGCAGCAGCGCCAGCUUUCGCCCAAGGAGCUACGUGAGUGGUUUGCUCAGCGUGGGGUGGCUGGGGGUAGUGGUCCCUGCCCAUAUGUCAUUCGCACAGGUGACCGCACUGGUCAGACAUGCGGGAAGCUCUAUACCCAGUACCGCUGCUUCUCUCGUCUUACGGACACCUUCCGCGCAGAGUUUCCUGAGGCGGCUGAGCUCCCCCGCUGGGCAGAGCUGCUUAGGCAGGGUGCAGACAUCUUUGCUCUUGAUUAUGAUGCUAUCCUUUCUGCCAUGUAUGCAUUUACUGCUAGUGCAGAGGGUGACUAUUACCUGUGUAUGCCGCCAGACCCUGGUAUAGAGGGUGUUGCUCUAGGUGCUAGUAAGUCUGUUGCUCUAGGUGCUGGUGAGUCUGCUCUCCCUGGUACUGCGUCUGCUGCAGCCUUGCACACCUUCACGCCUGACUCUGGUGCUUCCCGCUGUUUCUUUCGCAACAGUACCACAGUCACGCCGCGCUCUGCACGUGUUGUCUCUCUGGCCGACCUCUCUGGGGGCCCAGUCCUUGCACGUUCCUCCACUGUUCUGCCUUGUCUAGCGGUUCGGUUUGGCUCACUGUCAGGUCUCCACCUCCCCUCGUUCUCUACAAACUUGGUCAGCUAG